UCCUGGGGUUCUGCUGCUGGGCUCAUUGAUCAGCCUGUAAGGAGGGCCAUUGCCAGGACAUGCACUGCUAUGUGUCCCUGCUGCCACUGGGUCUGUGCAGAUGUUAUUGGUUUCUCUCCAGCUUCCCCCCCCCCCUCCUUCCUCCUGCUGUCCCCUCCCUGCUUGCAUGGCUUUUGUAGUUGCACAGCGAUGCCCUAAACACUCGCAUUCCGUCCCUGUCGCUGUCCGUCACAGUGCCACCAAGAGCCUGGAAGCGACACAGGAGCCCCAUUUACAGACCAGCCCCCCCCCCUGUGGCUCUGCUGCACUGACUGGGGCACAUAUUGCAUGGAGGAUCCUUUACCCAUAGAUCACAGAGGUCAUUGGUGAAUUGGAGAUGGACGGUCAGUUGUGUGCGGCCCCCCUUCCUGCCGCCCCCCUCCCAUGCUCCUUAAGGUGAGACAAGGACAGCACCGGCUCUACUGGAGGCCACACAAUGGAGAUAGUGCCCUUUAAUCAUUGCUUCCUGCUGAUGAGCGGACUGGGUUGCUGCUGAUGCCCCCCCCAUAGAAGAGGUUCCUGUUGGUUCCGGGUUCCUGUUCCCCCUUUUAUACUGGCAGGUUCCAUUUUCUCUCCUUUCCUGGAUUUGUGGAUGGUGCCUCCUGUCGUGCCCGUUCCUCAGCGCUGGCUGUGGAUAUGCAUUUGAAUAGCCGGAAUCUGCUCGUGCCACCUGCUAGCGCUCGCGUGGUCCCCCAGCUUUCCAAGGAAGUGGCCCUUCAGCAUCCAGCGUCGGAAUGGAACGCAGGCCGGCGGAACACACUGUGGAGUAUUUGGUGCUGGGAGAAGCCUGUUAGUGGAACGUGCUGGGAUUGAAGGCGCCUUUGCCCCAAAGAACCCCCAUCCCCUAGAAUCUGGCACCCCCCGGCACAGGAUCAUUUCUCAGGGUGCAGAGAGGGAUGCGGCACAAAGUAUAAUGAUGAUGAUUGAUACUCAGAGCUCCACGCAGGAGAUUGGAGAAGAGGUGGAUGACGGCGUUAUCUACAGUAUCUCCCUGCGCAAAGUGCAGCUCCAUCACACCGCCAACAAGGGGCAGCGAUGGCUGGGGGUAAGCAGAGUUCCAUCUCCCAUGGGCUGUGCCGACGGCGGGCUUGCUGGACUUCGGGAUACCACGGUGGAGAACGAUUCAGGCUUGAGCUUGUAUGAGACGUGCAAAGUGCGCUCCAUCAAGGCCGGGACCCUGGAGAAGCUGGUGGAAUAUCUGGUCUCUGCUUUCAAAGGCAACGACUCCACCUACGUGACCAUCUUCCUGUGCACUUACCGAGCCUUUGCCACCACCAAGCAAGUGCUGGAUCUUCUCCUGAACCGAUUUGGGCGUCUGCACCCCCAGAUAAAUGGGGAACAUUCACACAACUCGGUGGACGACCGUCUUGAGCUGAAAAACACCAUCUCGUCCAUUCUGGGCGCCUGGCUGGAUCAGUACUCGGAGGAUUUCCGGCAAGCCCCGGAUUACACGUGCUUGAAACAGCUCAUUACAUAUGUUAGGCACAAUAUCCCCGGGUCAGACUUGGAGAGAAGAGCUUGCAAUCUCUUGACCCAGUUCAAGAGGCAGCAGAUCAGCGCUUUGGAGCCAGAUGUAGUGGACCACACAAGUUGCACGUUGCGCCUGGUGGAGGAACCUUUGUUGUCGGACGGGAAACCCGACUUCUUGUCCUUCCGACAGGAUAUGUUGGCCGAGCAGUUUACAGUCAUGGAUGCAGAACUCUUUAAGAAGGUGGUGCCUUAUCAUUGCCUGGGUUGCAUCUGGUCUCAAAGGGACAAGAAGGGCAAAGAGCAUCUGGCGCCGACCAUCCGUGCCACCGUCUCCCAGUUCAACAGCGUCACUAACUGCGUAAUCUCUACGUGCCUGUGUGACCGUUCCCUGAAGCCUCAGCAGAGAGCCAAGGUGAUAGAGCGGUGGAUCGAGGUGGCAAGGGAGUGUCGCAUACUGAAGAACUUCUCGUCAUUGCGGGCUAUUUUGUCGGCGCUGCAGUGCAAUGCUAUCCACCGGCUUAAGAAGACAUGGGAUGAAGUGUCAAGGGAGAGUUACCGGAUAUUCAUGGAACUUUCCGAGAUCUUUUCCGAUGAGAACAAUCAUUCUUUAAGCCGCGAACUGUUGAUUAAGGAGGGGACGUCCAAAUUUGCCACCCUGGAUAUUAACCCCAAAAGGGCGCAGAAGCGCCAGCAGCAGCAAAGAGAGAUGGGAGUGAUGCAAGGCACUAUUCCCUACUUGGGCACCUUCCUGACAGACCUGGUGAUGCUGGACACAGCAAUGAAGGACUAUCUGGAGAGUGGCCUCAUCAACUUCGAGAAAAGACGAAAGGAGUUUGAGGUCAUAGCGCAGAUCAAGCUGCUGCAGUCGGCCUGUAACAACUAUAGCUUCCUGCCCGACGAGUCCUUCGUGGAGUGGUUCCACAGCGUGGAAAGGCUCACUGAGGCAGAAAGUUAUAGCCUGUCCUGUGAGAUUGAGCCCCUUUCCGAAUCCGCCAGCAACACUCUGAAAGCCAAGAAGAACACAGGGAUCAUCAAGCGGUGGAGCGAUCGGCAGCCGCCCAGCUCAGAGCCCUGCCCCAGUGUCAGCUCCCACUCCAAGUCCUUUGACCAGCUAAAGUGCAGCCCCCAUCUGUGCGGAGGUGACACCACGGACUCUCUCAGUGUCACCUCGGCUGGCUCCAGCAGCUCGGACGUGGAUGAGAUCAACAUCAGCUUUGUCCCUGAAUCCCCGGACUGUCAGGAGAAGAAGGUACGGGAGGGACCAUCCCAAGCACGGCCGAUACAGCCAGCGGAACCCUGCGUUCCUGAGGGGUUCUGGGAGUCGACCUCCCUUUCUUCACUGGAUACGUCUGGAAUUGGCUCAGGUUCCAGUAGCGCUUCUUCCUCCUCUGUCUCCUCAACCCCUGUUUCCGCCUCUCGGACGCACAAGCGUUCUGUGUCGGGGAUCUCCAGCUACUCGUCCUUGUCCCUUCCCCUGUACAACCAGCAGAUAGACGAUUGUUGUAUCAUACGGGUCAGCCUGGAUGUGGACAAUGGCAACAUGUACAAAAGCAUUCUGGUUACAAGCCAGGACAAGACACCCGUGGUAAUUCGGAAAGCCAUGGCCAAACACAAUAUUGACGGCGAGCGAGCGGAGGACUAUGAGCUGGUGCAGAUUAUAUCUGAAGAGAGAGAACUGAAGAUCCCUGACAACGCCAACGUGUUUUAUGCCAUGAACUCAGGCGCCAACUACGACUUUGUACUGAAGAAACGCGGCUUCUCCAAAGGCGUGAAGAUCAAGCAGGGCUCCAGCUCCACAUUGCCCCGCAUGAAGCAGAAGGGACUCAAGAUCGCCAAAGGCAUCUUCUGACACGUGCAAGGUGGUCAAAAUGGCCUCGUUGGAGCCCCCUCAACAGGACAUUGGUGGGACCAGUGCCCCCCAGAAGGACAGCACUUACAGCUCCAGUCCAGCAGAUGACUUCUUGGUUCAGGUGGGAGCAGUCGCGGAGCUCAGGCCGACCCUCGGCUUCCUCUUGUUGACUGUGAGGAGAGAGGAAGCCCUUGCCCAUCAACGGGACUCAAAAUCUGCCUCCAUGCCUUAGGUGCCUUCAAGAGAAGGGUGGGGUGGGACGUAGGAGAAGACGCCCAUCGCGUGCAGUAGUGAGGGAUUCAGUAUUAAUGAUGCUGGCUAUAGCGCGCAACGCCCUCCCUGUGCCGUACUGACACUUUGUGGCAUUGCCCUUUCGAUGAGGAAGACUAUGAUCAGGGAGUCGCCUUCUCCUUUUACAAAAGGGACUUCCCCUGAGGGGUUUUCUCACCAACAUGAAGCACUUUCCAAAAACCUUAGAAACCCUGAAAGCCCUGGAAGGAUAUGGCUGGCCUCCAACGUGACCAUGAAGGAAGCCAUGUUAAAUGAAGGCCUGUUAAGGUGGAGACUGACACCGCCCCCUCCCCCCCAGUCCUGCCCUUUCUCCGCCCCCCAUCAUCCAGUGCAGCAUUUCAAAUCACACCAAAGAUGAAUCAGCAACCACCCCCCCACCUUGGAACCUUUCUCUGCCCAUUGGUCGAUAGUCGCUCUUACCAGCCGGAGAAAGGUGCAAGUACUAAACCCCCUUAAAAAUUGUAUAGUUUUUUUUUUUUUUGUGUAAAUAUUCACUUUUUAUUUUAUUUUUGGAACACUUUGGGGCCAAAAUGUGACAUUUGUAAGCGAUCUCCAGCAACGGCGAUGGAGUGGGUCAGUACUGUGGAUUUACGUCCUUUGCGUGUGCGUGUAAAAAUGUUAUUUUUUCUUUUUUAAAGAAAUAUUUAUUGGUUGUAAAUAGACAAAUGGAGAUACUUUAAGCCCCGUGCCAACGUUUCAGCCAACGCCUGGCGCCUUCGGGUAACUGUAAAUACGAUGAACUGUGUGAUGACGUUUGUGCGCUUACAUGCUCGUUAACCUUUACGACGCCUUAGCCAAUUACAUGCUAAACAGCAGUCAUGUGGUUAAGUUUUUGUUUGUUUGUUUUUUUUUCCCCCUUAUUUCCUGGCGCUGAUAAGAUCCCAGUGAUUGGUUGGGGUUUGUAGUGAUGUCAUCAGGUCGCCAGCGUGAUAUUUGAAAUGAAAAACUGCAUUGUUUACAGAAAUACCCCCCCGAUUUGUUUAAUCUGACUGUAUCAGGUCGACUGUGGCCGCGGAUCUGGUAGGUGGAAUCCCGGCGCCCCGUGUAACCGGUUCUGUUGCAUUGUUAUGGUUGUAAUCACGAUGUGAUUAAUGAUAUUGGUUCUAGGUUCGUAACGCUUUGAUUUGGAAACAAAGUCACGCUGUGGGCGUGUUGGGAAGCGCUAAGGGGGAGGGGUAACACUUAUUGAUAUGUAAUUAACUCGCCACUAGAGGGCGCCCCAUAUAAAAUAAACUUUAUACUUCCAUAGGUCCCUUUUGUAAGCCAUUGUUAGUGGCCUCUUUAUUCACUAGUUUAAGGGGAAGUUAUCCCCUUAUAAUUGUCUCACUGUAAAUUGACCUUUAUUGCUUUUAGUCCAUGGCGAAGGGCUUUUUGGUUGCCGGGCUUUCCUAACCUGGCAACCAAGGAUUCCAGGGUUACAUGAAAAGUUGGGUUUCGGAGCAACAACUACUGACGCUAAAUGUGGUGCCGGCCUUUCAAGAGUGACGAGAGAUGGAAGUGCCCCCCCAGUUAACUCUUAACGUGCCCAACAGUGGCAAGAAAUCCAAACAGAAUCAUGGGAGAUGGUAUAAUAAAGCCAUAGCAGGGGCCCAUCCAAAUAGUUACUAAGGGCAUAUAUGUCAUUUCUCCUUAUUAUAACCACUUGAGAAUAACAGUGUCGGGGUUUCAAAUGGGAUUUCUUUCAGGAGCAAGAGUGGCUGGACUACAAGUCCCAGAAUGCACUGCGUGGUAUGUUUUAACCUCUUGCGCCUUAUUGCCUCCACCUUCAAUCUGAGAUUCGUUUGUGGUUGUUUUACUCGGAGACUGUGCUUUGCCAUAAGGGGUCGGUCUCUGGGUUGUGUUCAGACAUGGAGGUGAGUUUAUCCAGUUUACAGAGAUUUAAAGAGACACAGACGCCCAAUGAAAACCUACACAUGAGCUGUUUUCUCUGAGCCGUCCGUGUCCCUUUAAGAAAUCAACUGUUCUUUCUGCCAUAGCUCGGAGUUCAACUCCGUCCUCACAAGUGCCAAUCAGCCCUUCAGGGAAGCGUGAGGGUUAAAAAAAAAAACAAAAACAAAGUGGAUUCUGGGAUUUGUAGUUUAGCAGGAGUUCCUGGGAGUAUUCGGAAUCCAUAAUGCAGUGCCGCAAAGCUGUUGUUUUAUUGCUGCUCUAGGCUGAUGUGUUGGGGCAGGGAAUGCAGUGCCCCCUAGUGGCCAUAUUUAGCCUAGCAGCAGCAGAGAUGUGCACGUUGAAUAUUUGGGCUUAGCCACGUUUAUAAGUGAAGUGGUGCUACUUUCCCCAGUCGCCACCGCUAAUGACCGGUAAACGUGUGGCCCCUCCCUCUCACCCCUGGAGCACGGAUAGGUUGACCCCCUCUCUAUUAGACACAAUAAUGGAAACACUAAUUUUGGUUCAUGUUUUACCCCCACUAAAUCCCUCCCCUUUUAUUCUAAGUGCAAUCUUUUUUGUUUUUUCUUGCUGUAAAAAUCCAUGUGUGUAUGUGGGGGGCGUGUGUGUCGGUUGGGACCGCCCCCUUCCCCGGCGCAAAUGUUUACACUUGUUUCUUACCGUCUGGUUGUAUGAUGUGUUAUUUUGUAAACACGACUAAAAAAAAUAAAAACAAUUGAGCAGACUGUUCUAAAGAGCUGACUGUAACGGAGAAAUAAUACCUGUAAUAUAGUCUUUGCAAUAAAUGCCAACUCAUCUCAA